CAAGUUUUCUACUAGGUCUUCUAUUCAUCUCUAAUAAAGAUCUAUGGAAUGAAAUGAGGAAAUUAUAACCAAUAAAGUAGAAGAGUUGCCUGUUAGGCUGGACAACCAAAUGAGACGUCAUAGAGAACCUGGGACUUCUCCUCCGUGUAAGAGAAGACUGAACAUGGAUAUGCUGUCAGUGAGGCCGGUAGGAGAGGGAGCAUCCCAGGCCGGGGUGUCAGCCGUGUCCUUGAAAAAAGAUGACCCCAAGGACACAGGAAUGCCUGUGCUGGGAAUAAUGCUGAAUAAACCGUCAUUAAAUCCAGAGGUGAUCAGUACUAUAAAACAUCAAAUACUGAAAGACAUUCAACAGUACAGACAAAAAUAUGAAAAAAUAACCUUCAAAUCACUUGAAGGAAUUCUAGGACCUCCAGAACUGAGGAAACAAUUUGUUGAAUUUGCCAUCAAGGAAGCAACAAGAUUUAAAAGACAAGACUUAAUUAAACACCUUGAGAAUGAGAAAAAAAUAGAAUCUGAUGAAUUUCUCAGCAAAGAUAAGCAGAGCCCAAACAUAUAAUCCUUUUAUCUCAAGAAUCAAAAACUAAGAACCAGAUUGCUAUCUUCUAGAAUGGAAUGGGAUGUUGCUGAGGCAUCCUAACCUGUGUUAGUUAAGAGAAUUGCCUUCCAGAGGCUAAGAAAAAGUAGUUGGAGCUUUAAAAGUUUUAGGAAUUGCUGUUAAUAAAAGCUGGGUUUUUUCCCUAUGACUUCAUUUGGAAAGGUAA